AGGACCUCCACGAUCCCAAACGGUGAUGGCCUAGGGCAUCAUUAACGUCACGACGACAUCAAUCUGUUCUAAUUUGUACCACUGGUAGUACCGCUUCGCCAGCCCCGCGCGGUGAUCGUGAGCGACUUGGAGAGAACUAGGGAAAUUGCACCAUCGCGAUGAUGUAUACGAGUCGUUAAUAGGCUGGCUGGGAAGGUAUGUAGCCAGGGCGCCCCUGCGCGACGUCAGUGGAGAAACACAGGUACAUAGCAAACGGCAGUCGCGUGCGUGCAGCUGUUAUUAUGUUUGUUUUCUCGCACGUCUCUUCAGGUACCUAGGACAAUAAGAUCAGUCUGCUCCCGUCUCACUCUCACCUUUCAUGAAACCAACGCAGCGACUACAACAAGUCUCACGAUACUUGCAACUGCGCGCUUUCUCCACGACAACGCGAUCCAAGAUGCCGACUACAAGACAGCAAGACCACAAAGGCGAGUCCGAGCUCGUGUCAAGGACGAAGGACGCGCCCGGCAACAAACCAGUUGAGAAAUCACACCGCGUCAACGCAAAAGACUGCACCGAGCACUGGGAAGACGAAGAGCACCUCGAGCAGAACAAGAAGGACUUCCAGGAAUUCCGCGCCCAGCACAAAAAAUCCUCUUCAUUCGGCGGCAGCGCGUCAGGCGGCUCAGACUUCGGCGACCAUGGUGAGGUGCCUGGCGGUAUGAAGCGCGGACGCGGCGCGAAUCAGGUGGGCAAUCAGAGCAAGAAGGCGAAGAGCGAGGAGAGAGACCCUUCGGGUCUGCCUAGGGGCGAUAAGACGAGGGUGCCGAGUGUGGGGCAGCAUGUGCAUUGGAAGUAUGGGAAGGGAUAUGCGAAGGGCGAGGUGGUGGAGGUGUUGUAUGAGGAGAAGGAGGUUGAGGGGAAGAAGGCGGAGGCUAGUAAAGAGGAUCCUAGGCUGGUGUUGAAGACGGAUUCGUCGGGUAAGCUGGCGCUGCACAAGCCGGAGGAUGUGUACUUCGACUAGGUGGUUGCUCGAGGUGACAGGGUGGUGGUGAAGCCGGCUGAAGAGCACGCGAGCAACGGACGAAAUUGGACAGCCCUGCAUAGCAACCAGCAAGCAGCUAUCAGCAACGAGCUCUCUGGUUCGUCGACCACAAUGUCCACAGUUUCAGAAUAGGUACAACGGCGUACCUGGAUUGGAUGUACCUUGAAUGGGUGCAGUGUAUUUUACAAGGCAUUAGCUCAAAAUCUACGGUCAACUCCACUCCUGCUUGAGUGGUG